CGGGGAGGCGGCGGAGCAGCGAGGGGGCGGCGGGGCGGAGCCGGCUGUACGAGCACGUGCGGGAAGGGAACAGCGCGCGGCCCCGCCUGGACAUGGCGGCGCUGAGCGCCCGGCCCGAGCAGGCGGAGCGGGAGCUGGAGACCCGCAAGGGGCCGCUGGGGCCCCGGGACCUGCGCGAGAUCCUCUCCACGUGGAAGAGACUGGUGAAUGUGCAAGAAGAGAUUGGAAAACUUGAAACUGAGAAAGAGGAAGUCUCCGUUCAAGUGAAAUACCUCGUGGAGACCCAGGACAAGAGCACAUUGCAGUCGCUUCCCGAUUACCAAGCGCUACGGAACCGAGGUCGGGAAAUACGUAACCAGCUGAAUUCCCUGUACCAGCAGGAGAUGGAACUGGAUGAAAAGUACUAUCUGAAGGCUCUGAAACUGCCGAACUGGACCCACCCUGAUGUGCCCGUUGGAGAUGAGAGCCAAGCGAGGGUGGUGGAGGUCGUGGGAGAGAAACCAGCUUUUGAUUUCAAAGUGAAGGGGCACCUGGAAAUUGGGGAAGACCUGGCUAUUGUCAGACAAAGGCGUCUCUCUCACAUCUCAGGCCACCGCUCCUAUUAUCUCCGUGGGGCUGGAGCCAUGCUCCAGCAUGCCCUGGUGCAGUUCACCGUCAGCAAGUUGGUGAAACAGGGCUUCAUUCCGAUGGCCGUUCCAGACCUGCUGCGAGGAGCCGUGUUUGAAGGCUGUGGCAUGCAGCCCAACGCCGUCCCGUCCCCGGUGUACAACAUCGACCCGACGCGCUUCGAGGACCUGUGCCUGGCUGGCACCUCCGAGGUCGGCAUCACAGGCUACUUCAUGGAUCAUGCUGUGAAUUUGGAGGACAUGCCUGUCAGAACCGUGUGUUCCAGCACAUGCUACAGAACCGAGACAGACACUGGCAAGGAGCCCUGGGGGUUGUACAGAGUCCAUCAGUUCACCAAGGUGGAGAUGUUCGGGGUGACGGCGGCGGAGAGCGGGGAGGAGAGCGCCGCCCUGCUAGAGGAGUUCCUCGCCCUGCAGAAGGAGAUCUUCUCCGAGCUGGGGCUGCACUACAAGGUCCUGGAUAUGCCCACCCAGGAGCUCGGGCUGCCCGCCUACCGGAAAUACGACAUCGAAGCCUGGAUGCCUGGCAGGGGCAAGUAUGGCGAGAUCUCCAGCGCAUCCAACUGCACUGACUACCAGAGCCGGCGUCUGAACAUCAUGUACUGCGACCAGACGGGGCAGCUCCGCUACGCACAUACGGUCAACGGAACGGCCUGCGCUGUCCCGCGGGUGCUGAUCGCUCUGUUGGAGUCCAACCAGCUCAAGGACGGCAGCGUCCGAGUCCCCGCGAUCCUGCAGCCGUUCCUGGGUGCGGAAAUCAUCGUCAAACCCAGCUACGCCCCCUUGAAAUACAUCGGGCCCAACCAGCCCAAACGCUGCUGAGCAGCCCACCGGGAGCAGCCGUAACGGGGACCAGCUGUCGGGGAUCCCACCCCCCCCCCCGACCCCGCCAGCCCAGCCGGACGCAGACGAGACACGCGCACACCCCGGCAGCAUUCAGAGGGGCCUUUCCUGGCUUGUUUUCCGGCUCUGAGCCACACCCAGGUUAUUCUCAGUGGCUUGUGACCCGUCCCUUCUCCUGCCCCCUCGAGUUGGUCUGUGGCACCUGGAUGGGGCCGAUGUGGAUGGGGUCUGAGGUGCUUCAGAAACCCCAAGAUCCUUCCGGCACUGGAUUGAGCUGCCUGGAGCCAGACCUGCCUGGAGCCAGCACUGGCAAGAGGCAGGAAGCUGUGUUCUCCCCAGGACUCCUGGGUUCCUCCAUCAGUAACCCCUGGCGAGGAGGAGGAGAGAUCUGGCUUAGAGGCCUUUGCAGGGGCAUGCUGCCGCCAUGGCUAGAUUCAUUCACGCCCUGAACAAUUCCCUCUCCGUGUCCUGCUCCGCAACUUCCCUGCCGGUACCAGCCACGACCGGCGGAGCUGAUUGCUGACGAGAUCGAGAGCUUUUCUCCCUGCGGGCUGCCUGUUCUCAUCUGACUCGGGCCGGCGCUGGCUGCAGCGUGUUCCCGUCGGCCAGCCCUUUGGAGACCCUGACGUGAAAUGAGUUUUGCCAGGUCUAAGCCCAGUUCCCUGGUGGAGCCGCUUCGCACAGAGUAGGAUCGGCACCAAUUCUCACCGGCAGCCUCAGUGGAGAGGCAGAACAGGCCAUGGAGACUGUACUUCCCCCUCAGCCGUAGCCAGGGUCCCCCGGGGCUCUGGCAACCAAGCAGGGGGGCAGUGUGGGGGGUGGGGAGGUUCGCCCUUGCAGCUGCCCAUGCUAUGGGGAAGGAAAGGGAGAUCCAGGCUCCCUGAUCGGUCGCUGGACUGACUGCAGGUGGGCAGGAUCCCAGCCAAGGGGCUGAGAGGGGGAGAGAGAUACCUGAGUGGGGCAGCUGCCAAAGUGAGGCAUGGGGUUCCUGGAGCUGCCAAUCAAGGCAACGAGAUUGUGCCACCCAUUAAAUCUGCAAUUGGAAAAGGUU